AAAAGAUGGCAGCUCCCAUUUGGCUUCAAAAAUGUUAGUUUAUAGUUUCUAAACUUAUAGGAGCAUGGAUACCGAGAUAGAGGAUACCUUCGUGCUCAGCAUCAGCAUGGACUCGGAGGAAGAGGACACAUUCGUGCAAGGAACUGAUGCCAUGCCGGACAUGAGCAUGGACUCCGAGAUAGAGGAUACCUUCGUGCUCAAUAUCAGCAUGGACUCGGAGGAAGAGGACACAUUCGUGCAAGGAACUGAUGCCAUGCCGGACAUGGAAGCAGAUUCAUCCAGCAUUCCCUCACAUGGCAUCUCUCCCAAUUCUUCUGACCCAGUUCCAGGGCCUUCAGCAUCUACUCUGCCCCAAUGUGAGGACACCCCUCACACCUCUGCCCUCUCCCAGUCCGUCAACACCCCUCACACCUCUGCUGGAGGACAGGCUGGUGUGAGAGGCAGCAGAAACACAAGCCCACCUCCUGCAAAGAGAAGAUUGCUCAGAUCACCAUCCCCAUCACCUGGAAAGCCCUCAGGCACCUCACCUAGGCAAAAAUUUAGGGCCACACACAGAAAGUGGAGAGCAACUCUAGCAGAGAGAUACAUAGCCCCAGUAUCACAUUCAGAACGAGAGGACAGAUGGCGCGAUGCUUCAGAGGAAGAUGAGAGGCCUCCUCCAUUCCUGUUUCACCCCAGGAAGACCCCAGGAGUUCAGCUAGGUUUCCAGACAGAAUACAGCCCCUUGGAAAUCUUCCAGCUCUUCUUCCAUAAAGAGGUUAUUCGAACCCUGUGCAGAAAUACGAACAAAUACGCAGCACAGAGAACCGCAGCGGGCAUGAAGGGUCAGUGGACAGAUAUAGACGCUAAUGAAAUGUUUAAGUAUCUCAGCAUAACUGUCUAUCUUGGACUGGUGAGGCCUUCGUGUAUCCAGGACCUGUGGAGGAGGGACUGCUUGCACAGUUUCCCAUUUCCUGCUUUCGUGAUGACUGGGAAGCGGUAUAUUGCCAUCAGCGCAAACCUUCACAUGAGUGAUCCAGCAGAAGAUGUCAGACAUUAUCAGCGGCGAGGUCAGCCUGAGUAUGAUCGCCUCUUCACCCUCAAACCGCUGCAGGACCAGAUCCUGACUUCCUGCCAAGCCUACUACCACCCGCGCCAGAACAUCUCUAUACACGAACGUAUGGUGGCCACUAAGGCAAGGAUUGGGAUAAAGCAAUAUAUGAAGAACAAGCCCACCAGGAGGGGGUUCAAGCUGUUUGUCCUGACUGAGAGCGUCAGCGGCUACACAUAUAACUUCUCUAUCUAUGCGGGGAAGGCUAGGAAUCCGUCAGGAAAUGGCCUAAGUUUUGAUGCUGUUGUCAACCUGAUCCAUGUGCCUACUCUGGGCACGGGGUACACAGUGUAUACGGACAACUUUUAUACCAGUUCAAAACUCUUCCUUCACCUGCAGAGCAUGGGCUUCGGAGCCUGUGGAACCAUCAGUGAGAGCAGGAUAGGUUUCCCAAAAACAACAGUUAAUGCUUUGCCAAAAAAAGUGGACCGUGGUGGCAUGCGAUGGAUCAGGGCUGGCACAAUGCUGUUUGUGAAGUGGAGGGACACGCAAGAUGUCAAAAUGUGCUCCACUGUACACAAAGCUUACGAUGGGGAAUUUGUGCGGCGACGAGUCAAAAGUGAAAAUGGCACCUGGUCCUUCCGAGAGGUCCCCAUACCAGAGCCUGUGAGACAAUACAACAAGUUCAUGGGAGGAGUUGACUCGUCUGACACUCUCAUGAAGUACUUCUCCAUGAUGCAGAAGACCAGGUGCUGGUAUGUGAAGCUGUUCCUCCACUUUAUUGACAUUGCGGUGGUGAACAGCUUCAUCAUCCAUAAGGAGAUGGUGCUAGCAAGGCACCAGAAACCCCUCACCCAGAAGCGCUUCAGGGAGGUGUUGUGCAUGGAGCUGGCUGGUGGUGGACAGCCACAGGAAUCACUACAGGUGCCCAUACAGACAAAAGGCCCAGAGCAGAUGCAAAACGGGUGCUUACCUGUUCCUGUGUGCAAGUUAUCUACUGAGCCUCACCUGAAAGCCUCACAAGGAAGGAGGAAAUGUGUGCACUGUAAAAUGAAAACAAUGUUCAGGUGCAGAUCUUGCAACGUUUCACUCUGCAUGGUUGUGGACCGUUUGUGCUUCACAGAGUGGCAUGACAAAAACUUAAAGUCAUAGGAGGUAGUAAGAGGCAGAUGCAU